GUUGCAACCCGCCAUUAAACUAAAAGAAGAAGAAGAAGAAGAAAGAACGAAGAAGAAAUAUUCCACCCAGAAUGCAUUUCGCUCUUCCAGCAUCAUUCCUGUGCUAAGAUGGCGGACCGGCGGAGAAGAAGGCGGCGCGCGUCCCAGGACAGUGAGGACGACGACGAGUCCGGUUCCGGUUCUGACAGCCAGGGGUCUGGGUCCCAGACUACCAAGAGCCGUGGGAGAGAGCCCGAACCGACGGAGACCGUUUCGAACCGUAUCGAAGCGAAGAACGAAGUGGAGUCCGAGUGUGAGAGUGAAGAUGGAGCAGGAGAAGCCGUCCUCUCAGACUACGACAGCGCAGAUCCAGAAGAAAUCGCCUCCCACUCAGAGGGAGCGGAGGAAGAGGAUGAUGCAGAUCGGUACAGUGAUCAAGACUCUCCGGCAGCAGCCAGCGACUCCAAACUUCCCGCUGCCACCAAACCAGCAGUAGGUGAGGAUGAUGGGGAAGAGCAGAGUAAAGAGGAGAACACGGCGGAUGAAAAGGGAAACUCUGCAGGAGAGCGGCAGAGCGGUGACGGUCAGGAGUCCACUGUUGAUCCCGAGACCAAAGCAGGAGGAAAGUCUGGUCAGCAGCUGGAUGACGAUGAAGAUCGCAAAAACCCAGCAUACAUCCCUCGAAAGGGUCUGUUCUUUGAGCAUGAUGUCAGAGGCCACACCCAGGAGGAGGAGAGCAGCGUCUUGUCUUGCGCCAGGCCCAAAGGCAGAAACAGGAAGCUCUGGAAGGAUGAAGGGCGCUGGGAGCAUGACAAGUUCAGGGAGGAGGAGCAAGCGCCUAAAAGCCGUGAGGAGCUCAUCGCCAUCUACGGUUACGAUAUCCGCAACGGGUGCAGCGCCGGAGAGCGCGCAUUCAGACAGAGGCGACCUCGGUCCUCUGUGUCCCCCAACAGAGACAAACGAUGGCGGGAGGGGGGAGAGCGAGCAGUCCGCUCCUGGCAGAGCAGUCGAGGAGGAGGUCCUGCCCGAGGGGGUCCUCCCUCUACCUCUUCACUCCGACUUCCAUCUGGCCAGCGUAGCAGCAACGUCUCCCGCAGCAGACUCCCUCAUCAGAGUCUCACACACCACGUGUCACAUCCCCAGUGUGCGGGUAGUGAAAUAAAUGCGCCUCAGAAUCACCCCAGAGAACGAGCUGUUCCUAAACCCCCAUCAGAGCUUGCAGCAGAGAAGGGUGUGCCCUGCAAGGGAGGCCGUGGUGGAGGAAGGAGCGCUGCCUCCAUAGUUGUGGGAGACCUCCCAGUCAGCAAAGGUGUUGUUGAAGAGAACCCAACCUUAAGCACUGUAACAUUUUCAUCAUCACAGUCCAGCGGGUAUAUGACCACAUUGCCGAGACGACAGUCGCUGGAACAACGAGAGGGUGACGACAGCUCUGCAUUUGGAUCGUCCUCCGCCGACAAUUCCCAAACAUCAGCGGCCCCUCGGGAAGCAUCGUCUCCCACCGAACGACCCGUUGAGCGAAAGUCGUACUCCCUAGCCCGCAGGACUCGCUCUCGGCCAGCUGAGCUCGGCAGCAAACAGCCUUCCAUGGAGGAGGUGGCAGCAACCGGGGGUGGCAGGGUGAUGGGGAAGAGCCAGGUGGGGGCGGGAGGCAUGGCAGAACUGGACCAGGACGUGGCUCGACUCAGUCUGGUGUCAGGCCACAACUGGAACCACAACCCGACGACAUACGUCCGCUCUGAGAUGAGAGGCUUGACCAGCAGCAUGCACGUCCCCGGGGGGCCUCAUCAGUUCUCCAGGUUGGAUGAGAUCGCUGUCAGUUCCAACCGGGCCAAACGCUACUCCUCCCAGCGACAAAGAGGCGUGGCUGAGCCGGCGCCCAUGCAUGUGGGCGUGAUGGAGGGACACUACUAUGAACCCAUGUCAUAUCAAGGACCAAUUUAUACCCAUGGCGAUGGCUCCACACCCAUCCCACCCCAAGGCAUGCUGGUCCAGCCAGAGAUGCACAUCCCCCACCCUGGUCUGCAUCCCCACCAAUCAGGAGGCCCCAUCACCAACCCUACCCUCUACGGAGGCCCACCAGUAUCUCUGUCGCCAGGGCAACCACAGCAACUGCUGCCACCACCUUUCUAUCCUCCACCAGGGGUCAUGACUUUCCCUUAUCCUGCCAUGUACCCUAACCCUCAGGGUCAAUCCCAGGUGACCUAUGGAGGCGUGACAUAUUAUGACACAGUGCAGCAGCAGGCUCAGCCUAAACCUUCCCCCCCCCGCCGCACGUCCCAACCUGUUACUGUCAAGCCCCCCCCUCCAGAAGUGCCCUUUGCCUCAGAGUGACCCUGCCCCUCCCUCCUCCCUGACUCAGUGACACUGGGGCAGAGGACCACAGGUGAGUCUUCAGUCUGUCUUGUUCUGCUGAGCGAUUGGCAACGUGCUUAGAGUCUGUUGUUGGCGUUAGUCAGGAGACAGCGUGGAGACAACGCAGAACCACAGGCAAACAUGGAGGAGCAAGUCCCGUAACCCUCAGCACCUCUGCUGGAUUCAGACUUUGUCUUGUCACCAUGUUGGCGUUGACCACAGUAGAUGUUCAGCAACACGUGAAUGUUUGGAAAAAAUCUAAUCUUUGCGUUGUCAACCGUUCCCAGACUUGUCAUGUUCCUGUGAAGUCGCAUGACACCAUAUGGCAAGAAACACACCUGAUUUUCGUAAGCUCCUUCCACUCGUGAUAUUUAAAACAAAAAAUGAAGAUGGAAUAUAGUUUGACUUCGAUAGUUUGUGGAAUCUCAGUUGCAGUUGAAGACAUACGGCAUGAUGGGAAACGUAGUUGCAUAAGAUUUGUGUUAAUGAGAGAAUUAACAGUGUGCAUAGAUACAUUCUAAUAUGCAUUAUUUUACAAUGACCUGGAAAGAUUUAUUUUAGAGAAAUUGUCCUGCUUUUCUUUUGUAUUUUCCUUUUUGAAAUGUCCUGGAUUUUUUGUUUGUUGUGUUUUCUGUUCAAACUGACAAGUGAUGAUCUCGGCAAUAAAAUUUCCUUUUUGACCUUUGUGUGUGUCCUGUUGC